AUGAACGCACAUGUGGAUCCGGCCAACUAUCUGACAAAACUAUCUUAUUUUCUUGAUAAGAAAGCCCUGAAGAAGAACAAGAAAGUUCUUGGCGAUGAGACUUCAACCGAAGUCUUAAAGCAUAUCGAAAUAUCAUUGAGAACUAACAGUGUGGAUUGGGUCAUUCAGUUCUUAAAUUUACCGAAUAAUGGACUACAAGUGCUUGUUGAAUACAUGAACCAGUUACUUUUGGAAGCAUCAUCGCAAACAUGCGUAGAAGCUCCGACUGGUACAGGUGUUGAUAGCACUGACCAUGUCAUUCCUUCAGAUCAUCAAGUGAACUUAGGUCACUCCAUCGGUGGACGAACUACCAAAGUGAGCAAAAAUGUCGGUGAACUUGAAGAUGACGUCCAUGUUUGUAUCAUGUGCCUUAGAGCCAUAAUGAACAACAAGCGCGGCUUCGAACUGGUGUUUGCAGAUUCGAGAGCGAUUUAUUGCAUUGUACGAAGUAUUCUUCAUCAAAGCCUCAGGACGAAAACGUUAGUAAUGCAAAUGCUUUCAUCGAUUUGUAUGGUUCAGGGGGGUCAGGAAUUGGUCAGUGAUGCUUUCGAUCAGUUUAGACUGUUCUUAUCAUCUGCCAUCCAAUUUCUGGAUAUUUUCUCAUCCGUGGAAGAUCUCAACCAACGAGUUUAUCUACAGUAUGAAAUGCAUCAACUUGGUUUGGACAGCUAUAUUGAUGAGAUGGCUGAUUGUAAAUCAGAUGAACUACAAGCGAGAAUGACAGCUUAUGUGAAUGGCGAAAUGGACGUGGCUGCUCUGGUAGAAGACUCGCACCAUAAAGCACGUUUGCUGGAAGAGUGCGAUCAGCUGAAAAGUCGUCUGUCACAGGCGAACGAAAGAGUUCAAGAAGUGGAGGCGAAGUGGAUUACAGAUAAAGCGGCUUUGGAUCGAAGGUUACUUGAUUUGGUCCGGGAACGUGAUCGAAUGCAGAAAGAACACGAAGCGCAGGAAGGAACGUGGAAGAAAACAAUAAGUGAGAAAGAUCGUCAAGCUCGAGAAAAACAAGCCAGACUUGAACAAAGGAUACAAGAACUGGAAGCGAUACAGAAAACCAUGCAAGAAAAAACCGGAAAGGCGAAAAACGACCCACAAUAUACUGACGUGACAUGGUUUAUUCAAUACUUUUUAGCCGGAUUACAAGUACAGCAACAGGCCAAGUCUCCCCCUACUCCUCCUCCUCCGGCUCCAGGUCCUCAUCGAGAGAAUGGACCUCCGGCCACAGAUCCUCAUCGAGAGAAUGGUCCUCCAGCCACAGAUCCUCAUCGAAAGAAUGGGGUAUCGACUACAAUAGCAGCCCCAUCUGCUGCAGGUUUGCUCGCUCCGGUUACUGCAGUGCCGCCGGCUCCACCACCACCACCACCUAGUUUAUCCAAAUCUGGUGGAGCACCGCCAGCUCCUCCACCUCCACCAGCUGGAUUUACUAAAGUUUCUAGUGGACCACCACCUCCACCACCUCCUGGUUUAAUGACUGGCAGUUUACCUGUCGCUAGUACUAUAAGAAAAACAUAUCAGACAAGGAACAAACUGCCUCAACUUAACUGGACCGCUAUGAAACCAAACCAAGCGAAGAACACCGUGUUUGAAGAUCUCAACGAUGAGAAGAUUAUCGAUAAAUUGGACUUCACUAAACUUGAAGAGAUGUUCAAAUUGACGCCGGCUUCUGGAGGUGUUAUGACGGAGAACGGAAAUCGGCUUGAAGUCAGUUCAACGGCUGGCAGCACUAAUCAGAUUAGCCCGGGAUCGACCGCUAGCGGAACAACGAAGAAAAACACGCUGCUUGACCAUAAGAGGUUACAGAACGUUGCAAUUACUCGCCGUAAAUUGGCUCUGGAACCACGUGCCAUUAUGACGGCUGUGCAUCAAAUGGAUCUUGUCACACUACCGGCUGAUAAGGUGGACAUUCUGUCGCGAAUCUUGCCCAGUGAAGAAGAGAGGAAGAUGUACGCUGAGCGAGGUUGUGAAGAAGCUCUCAGUGAUGAGGAUCGAUUCAUGGCGGCUUUAUGCGAAAUUGAACGUCUAGAACAUAAACUGAGUGUGAUGCGUGUCAUGGCGGAUUUCGAUGAAAGCGUUGCAUUGCUGGAACCGCAAUUCACGCACGUCACCGCUGCGUCGAAGUGUGCCCGUGAAGCGACAUUGUUUCAUCGUGUGCUUGAAGUGAUACUUGCAUUCGGUAACUAUAUGAACAGUGGUCGAAAAGGAAGCGCUUACGGGUUCCGAUUAUCCAGUCUGGAUUCGCUUGCCAUUCUAAAAUCACCGACUGAUCGAGCGGUGACGCUUUUGCACAUGGUUGUAGAGUCAAUUGAACGCUCGUUCCCCGAAUUGAUGAAAUUCGCCGAACAACUGAAAUUCGUCGAUAAAGCAUCUGGCGUACAGUGGGAUAGUGUGAUGUCCGAUAUGAAAGAACUAGAAUCGGGUUUUGAAAUGGCACGAAAAGAACGUUCACUGAAGGGAGAGAACAGCCCGAGGCCGCUCGUUGAGUUCCUGGACAAUCAUGAUGAGAGGAUGAAGCAUUUACAAGAGCAUGCGAAACUCGCUACGAAAACCUACGAGGCUUGCAUUGAGUUUUAUGGUGAGUCGGCACGUACAACACCUCCCAAUGAUUUCUUCUCAAAACUAAGCAAGUUCAUUGUGAAUUUCAAUCGCUGUAAGCAGGAGAACGAUGCACGUGAAGCAUUUGAAAAGCGCCAACGCGACGAAGCCGAACGGCGAUCGCGUGUGGCGACGAAGACGCAGCUGCACGACGGGAUGAUGCGGGAACUCGCGGAGCGGGUCGGAAACGGAAGCGCCGAGAAGCGGCAACGCGGAAAAAUCGACAGUCAACAGAUGGGACAUGGCGACUUUGAAAAAUUGAUGAGUGGCCUCAAACAAACCUAUGCGGUGUCAUCGACACCUAGUGUGCCGACGCCGUCACGAAGGAAAGUGGGCUCGAGUCCGUCACCGGCCUCUCGAGUAGGCCCACCAGUUGCGGCGAAGACACGAGUGGUGGCCGUUGAACGAGACCGGAACUGA